GUUUCGUAUUUCUUAUUACUGGCAACUUCGUGAUCUACUUCGCAAAAUCAAACACAAAAUAAAAUCACUUUACGCAUUUUGCAUUCGUUGUUUGCUGUGUUUUGGUAUAAGGAUAACAAUGAACAUGAUACGAUAGUGUAAUAUAAAUAGUGAAAAGCACAUUUGACAAAAACCUGGAAGUGAAUAAGAGCUCUUUGUGACCAGAAUGUAGCGCUUAGUCAAGUUCCGCUAUCCAUUAUACCUAAAUAAUUUAUUGAUCUUAAAUUGUUCGAGACUGUAAAUAUAAACUUAAAAAUAUGUCUGUGGUAAAAGGAAAACUUGUGAAAAUGGAAGUCAUCCAAGUUGGUGAAUACGAAUUCACCAAACAAGAUAUAAUAGGUCAUGGAGCUUUUGCAAUGGUAUACAAAGGAAGGAAGAGAAAGAAUCCGUCGCAAGCCGUGGCGGUUAAAGUAGUAACGAAGAAAGGAAUCCAGAAAGCGUCCGAAAUCCUUGUUAAAGAAAUUAAGAUCCUACGGGAGCUGACGGCUCUACACCAUACGAAUCUCGUUGCUAUGCACGACUGCAUGGACAGCCCUGCCUACGUAUACGUGGUUAUGGAGUACUGCAAUGGCGGCGAUUUGGCAGACUACCUGCAGACUAAUCGUCUGUUAAGCGAGAGCACCAUCCAGCUGUUCCUGCGACAGUUGGCGGAAGCGAUGCGCGCUAUUCACGCUAAAGGCAUCGUACACCGCGACCUCAAGCCGCAGAACAUCCUGCUCACCCACAACGUGGCACCGCCGCGCACUCCUCACGCCUCUGAGAUCACACUAAAAAUUGCCGACUUCGGAUUUGCAAGGUUCCUCGAAGAAGGCAACAUGGCUGUCACGCUCUGCGGAUCACCAAUGUAUAUGGCACCAGAAGUAAUAAUGUCAUUGAAAUAUGACGCUAAAGCAGACCUUUGGAGCCUGGGCACUAUCGUGUACCAAUGUCUGACGGGCAAGGCGCCUUUCCAAGCCACUACUCCUCACGAACUCAAGGCAUUCUACGAGAACAGUGUCGAUCUACAGCCCAAGAUGCCAGCCGGCACAAGUUCCGAGCUGUGCAGUCUGCUGAUCGGGCUGCUGCGGCGCAACCCGCGCGAGCGCAUGCCCUUCGAGAUGUUCUUCAACCAUCCCUUCCUUCAACGUCCACGUAACACUUCCAUUACCAAUUCGUCCGAGGCGACAUGGGCAGGCGAGGAGGACUUCGUGGUGGUGGAGGCGGGAGAGAGCGGGUCGGCGGAGUGGUCGGGCGCGUCGUCGGGCUCGGAGGCGGCGCCGCGGCCGCGCUCGCUGGCGCUCGGCGCGCCGCCCGCGCCGCCCGCGCACCCACACCCCCUCGCGCACCCGCUCGCGCCCGCCAGGAACCCACUUGGCGUAGUGUCUAACAAUAACGUCCCUCGAUCGCAACCCAUUGACGUACUCCGAACGAACUACAGUCGCACCGCGACUAACAUUGGCUCUCUGUCGCCACCCACUGUGCCGUUCACGAUGGGCACGCCGCCGUCCACGCGCCGUCGCAGCAGCAACUCUGGCAGCUCGCCGCCACCCUCCCUAUGGCAGGUGUCGCCCACCAACCAGGCAAGCCCUCUGCGCAGAUCAGGGUCGUCGCCGCCGGUGCCGCUGGCGCUGAAGGCGAGCGGCGAGGGCGCGGGGUGCGGCGCGGCGUGCGGCGCGGGGUGCGGCGCGGGCGGCGCGCGCGCACUGCCCGACGCGCUGCUGCGCGCCGUCAAGCUGCACCCGCCGCCCGACCCGCCCGUCUACAUACCCAACCUGCAGGAAGAGACCAUACUCGCUGAGGAGCACAGCAAGGUGUUCUCGCAGCUAAACUUCGUGCUGAUGCUGGCGGAGCUGCUGUCGGAUUUGGCGGUGUCGUGCGGCGCGCCCAUCGCCGCCCUCAUGGACGCUUCGGACGAGCGCAGCAGCGAGAGCGUGCGGCUGGGCCUGCUGGUGCAGGCGAUGCAGGCGCUGGCGGCCGGCCUGCGCCUCGCCGCCGCGCACUACCGCGAGCGCACGCUGCAGCCCACGCCGCAGGUGCGCAACGUUGUGUCCCUAAUGAAUGGAAAGUACAAGUGGAUCGUGAACGAGUCGAGACGGCUACACGAAGCGGGCGUUACACCCGCAGUCUGUGAUAAAAUACUGUACGAACACGCCAUCGAACUGUGCCAGAUGGCGGCCAUCGAGGAGUUGUUCGGCGACAUGAAGGAGUGCGAGCGGCGGUACAUGUCGGCGCAGGUGCUGCUGCACUCCCUCGUGCAGCGACACCCGCUGCACCCGCAGCACCGCACCACGCUUUCCAAAUAUCGGGACGCAGUGCAAAGGCGGCUAAAUUGCCUCAAAGGACCGCGCAAGAUAAUGGAUGUAAAACUUGAGGCUGGGAUCUCAUAAUGCAAUCCGUAUUCCAGCCACGUAUAUUAAGGACACGUGACGCAAGAUGGAAAGUGAUUUUAUUUUGUUUUCAAAAAUGACUUAGUGAGAAAAAAAUAUGAUAACUAUUAAAAAAUGUAUAAAAGUAUAAGUGGAUAAUAUCAAUAAAAACCCUUGUAUACUAUGUUGAAGAUAACCAGAGAUUGCAAUAGUGAAUUAUAUUUUUUUAUAUUCAGUGCAUUGUAGGAGGAGUUUUUAGUAGUUUGAUAGUCAUUUAAAUGUUUUAGUGCUGUACGAAUUCUAGCGACCGCCUCAAUGAAUAUAGCUCUUUAGAAUAUUAUGUGUGUCUUAAAUUCUUCAGUAAUAUGAUUGUAUUAAAAUUUGAAAACCUAGUAUUAUAAGCACAUUUUCAAUUGAAUGGGCAUCAUCCUGUUAAUUUCAAACUAUAUUUUAAAAACAACAGAAAAUAGUUCAAAAUAAAAUAUUUUUUCGUUUCAUUGACAGGUAUAAAUAUAAAUAGACAAAAAAACAUAAAAAAAAUCGUAGAAAACGUAGUAUUUUUUCGAAGUAAGUCUCAUAUUAACAUUUUAUUAUAACUGACUUGUAGAGUAUUGUGUAAAAUGGAAAUUAUGAAGUAAUACGUCGAUAUAAACAAAGUUAUAGAGAUCUCAUUGUCGACCAAUAACAACAUGGCAUUUUUAGGUUAAGCUGGCGAAUUAUGGUUAAAAGUGUUUCCGGACAAAUGCAUGUAUGAAUGACUUAUUGUUAUUUUUGUUUUUACGUUUAUGUAUCCACGUCAACUACACUGUUUUAUUUUGCCCAAAUUGUGAUUUAUAUUAUGUAAUAUUUCCUCCUCUGAGAAAAUGUUUAAUGCUUUAUCGAAAUAAGAAUAAAGACUGUUGUAUUAUUAUUUUUUCUGUUUAAUAAAUACUUACUUUUAACACCGUGA